GCACUGCACUGCACUUUGCACCCAGAUUAUCCACCAUUUAACUAUAAAAUGAACCUGCACGGCUGAAACACACGAGUACACUGCACUUCGGAGCUGGCACGAUUGUCGUGGGAGAUGUGUGUGACAGUACUGACCUGCACACUUCAACACUUCUCUCCCCUCGAGGCGCUGCAGACCAGCCCGAGCUCCUCUGCUCUGUUGUGCAGGCCGUGGUGUCUGUGGACGCCCACGAUUCAUGUGUUCACAACAGAAACUGACUUAGAAGAAGCUGAAAGAAACACAACAUGUCUGAAUUCCUAUUACAGUUGAGCUCAGCCGACUGUGAGUGUUUCUAAAUGUAACGGAGCAUGAUGUGACAUUGAUUGCUUAAUUAUCAUGCAGUACACCUGUAUACUAAUUAACAGUAUCUGUAUCUCUAUCACAACAGGUCGGUGCUGAAGGGAUGGGCCAAUAUAAGGGCCAUUCACCAGAUGCCCACAGCCAAUAACAAACAAGUGCUAAAUCAAUUCAAAGCUGCACAAUAAACAUCAGAUAUUUGUACAAAGUCUUCAUUUAGAACUAUCACCCAGUAUGGUUGCAGCCAAAGGUUCAGGGUUAUGUCUUGAUCUAAACAUGAACCAUUCUUAAACACUUUAACAAUCUGGGCCUUUCUCUCAACUUUCCUCACAAUUUUGCUUAGUCAUUUACCGGCUGGUUUGCAUUAACUUUCAGAGGUCUGGUUGAGGGUGGAUUCGACAGGCAGCACGUGAUUGGCUGUGCAGAGGGAGGCGGGCCUAUCCAAAGUUAAACAUCUGGAAGUGCUUUCUGCUGCUGCUGCUCAGUACCUCAGUACCUCAGCACAGUUGAGAGGAAAACCACUGCCAAAGAGAAGAUGUCGUUCAUAAAAGUAGAUCCAGCGUCUGAUUUCUCCUUCCACAACCUCCCAUAUGGAGUAUUCUCCACAACUGACAAUGCCAGGCAUCGCAUUGGUGUUGCCAUUGGAGACCAGAUACUGGACCUCAGUGUGAUCAAGUCUUUGUUUCGAGGGCCUGUGGUUUCCAAACAUCAGGAUGUCUUUGACCAGCCCACGCUGAAUGCUUUCAUGGAUCUUGGUUACGAGGCCUGGAGGGAGGCCAGGAGGACCUUGCAGGUGUUGCUGUCAGCCAAUGAGAGCACGCUGAGGGAUGACAUCAGCCUUCGGAGCAGAGCAUUUGUCCAUCAGAGUGCAGCGACCAUGCACCUUCCUGCAGACAUCGGCGAUUACACCGACUUCUACUCCUCCAGAGAUCACGCCACCAACGUUGGCAUCAUGUUCCGUGGGAAGGAGAAUGCUCUGAUGCCAAACUGGUUGAGGCUUCCAGUGGGAUACCACGGUAGAGCAUCAUCAGUGGUCGUUUCUGGGACCCCCAUUCGCCGGCCCUCAGGCCAGAUGAGACCUGACCAGACCAAACCUCCCGUGUUUGGCCCGUCCAAGCAGUUGGACAUUGAGCUGGAGAUGGCCUUCUUCGUUGGAGGACAGACUCAGCUUGGGGAGCCCAUUCCCAUCAGCAGAGCCCAUGAACACAUCUUUGGCAUGGUACUCAUGAAUGACUGGAGUGCCAGGGACAUCCAGGCGUGGGAGUAUGUUCCUCUGGGUCCUUUCCUGGGGAAGAACUUCGGGACUUCCAUCUCACCGUGGGUCGUCCCCAUGGAGGCGCUGUUACCCUUUGCAGAGCCCAAUGCCAUCCAGGAUCCUGAGCCCCUCCCCUACCUGCAGCACCCUGACCCCUACACCUUCAACAUUAACCUGUCCGUGUCAAUAAAAGGACAGGGCAUGGCAGAGGCAGCAACCAUCUGCAGGUCCAACUUUAAGUACAUGUACUGGACCAUGAAGCAGCAGCUCAGCCAUCACACAGUCAACGGCUGCAACGUCAGAUCAGGAGACCUGCUGGCUUCUGGAACCAUCAGUGGACCUGAUCCAGAGAGCUUUGGCUCCAUGCUGGAACUGUCAUGGAGGGGAUCUAAGAACAUCGACCUGGGAGGAGGAGAAACCAGAACGUUUGUGAAGGACGGAGAUGAAGUCACCAUUACAGGCCACUGUAAAGGAGACGGAUACAGGGUGGGCUUUGGAGCCUGUGUGGGAACCAUCACGCCGGCCCUGCAACACUGAAACACACUCACUGUUCACAGUGUUUCAUGUGGAGCAUAAAUAAGUGGAGGACACAAAGUUAAACACCUACAUGACCUCAGCCUGCUCUGACCGUCUCUCUCAUGACAGACGACAGCUGCUGGGCCUUCCUCACACUCUCUGAGCUCUGUAGAGUCGUGCAGUUUUGUGUUACUGCUGUACCAGGAUCAGUAUUAAUGAUGUUUUGUAUGUGCUGGUUCCUGAUUUACAAUGAAAUCUUACAUUUUCUAUCUCA